UUUCGUCUUUGGUUCUAAUCAAAUUUUAAUGAAAAUCCAAUUAAUAUUGUUCACAAUAAUCACUGUAGCAUCAUGUGUCAGAGAUAAGCGACUGAUCACAAGAUUCCUGCAGCCGAGCUAUGGAGUCCAGCCUGUCAUAGUCAACGGAGACCCGGCGACUGUCGGUCAAAUACCGUACUUUGUAUCCAUCAAAGAAGUGCUACGUUGGUACAAGAAAAAUAGCGCAUUAUGGAAAAGUUUCUGUGGUGGAACUAUUAUAGCUAUCAACAAAGUAUUGACUGCGGCACAUUGUUUUGAAGUUAACGAUUAUAAAUAUUAUCAAAGGCCGCAUCUUUUACGUGUAGUCGCUGGCAGUAUACGAAAUUACAUGAUACACUCUGGAGAAGAAGUCACAGAAAACAGCAAUCAAUGGCGUAAAAUACAAAAAAUUGUUAUACACGCAUCAUUCAAUUUUCCAGCAAACGAUAUAGCUUUAGUUUUUGUUAAUAAUUUCACUUACACAUCUUUUGUUACUUACGCUAUACCAGCGAAAGCUGAUAUGGAUUAUGCUAGAAGAUGUAUGGCCGCGGGGUUCGGAAAGACUGGUCAAGAUAUGUCCAAUCAAGCGUCUCAUGUAUUAUUAGUUGCUAAAAUUGAAUUACUAUCAAAAUAUUUGUGUUCGAACCGUUGGUUGUCUGAUAUGGAUAAGUUUAUAUGUUCCGAUGCGGAGUCGGCAGAUGUCGCUAGAGGGGACUCCGGAGGGCCUCUUGUAUGCAAAGGGACUUUGGACCCUGCGGAGAGAUCUGGGAGGGACCUUCUAGUUGGGAUUGUCAGUGGUAAAGACGUGGAUAGAACUACUAUAUACACCCGCGUAUCUGCUUACAAGGAUUGGAUAGAAAGAGGCAAAAGUCAGCGAAUAAAAACCAAUAUUUUUGUUAUAAUUAUAUGUUUUCUUACAUUAUAUGUAUCGUUUUUGUUUCUAAAUCCUAUCAAGAAUCAUCAUCAGCUCACUAUUCGUCUCCACUUAGGGGCUCGGAGCUUACCCCAAGUUAAUUAA